CUUUUCUCGCCCCCGUUCAUCUGCAUUGGACACGUCAAAGUCACCAAAAAGAGAGCUCUACGAGACUAUUCACAGUUUUUUCCCUCCUCCUUCUUCCAUCAGAGUGACCGGGAAAACCUUAAUGGGAGUGACUCGCGAUUGAAGGGAGGCAGGUCUACAACGAUAAUCCUAUCUCGUCCAUUCAGCUGCUCCCUGUUGCGUGGUUAAAUACCGCAACACCGCACCAAUGCCCAUCAAGUUGCCUAAAGGCUUCGCCCGGAGGAAGUCGUCGGGCAAUGUUCUAGACGAUGUGGAUGGCCAACCCCAAUCCUCCUUCCGGGUCUUUGAGCGACCGGGAGCCCAACAACGAUCAAUGACAGAUGGCGCUCCACUCACCAAGCGCAUGAGUGAAGGCCAUGCGAGUCUCGAGGACAAUGAUAACAUCUUUGCCGGGUCAGAGCAUCCCUUGGGCAAAACUCGGUAUGGCCGCCCCCGGACCAUGGAAUCCCUCAGGAAGGGACUGACCGGUCGCCAUCACAGUGGUCCGACCUACGAAAGCUCGACCUCGACGCGGCUCAGUUCCUCAUCUACCCUCCCAUCAUCGACCGAAGUCCCGCCGCCCGAUGAGGCUUCAUCCCCACAUUCGAGAAUUCAUGAUAUCCCCGCUCCGCCGCCCCUGGCGGGUGCUCUACGAGCCGCUGCUGGCAGGACAUUCUCAUUCGGUGGACGCUUUAAUAAGAACUCGACGCCCCCUGCUCCCCCUCGAAAUGCCACGCCGGACGCAACCAAGCAGCGUGCCUACAGCGGUAGCACCGACGAUACGGCGACCCCGCCCAGGCUACCUGAUUCGCAAUUGAAUUUCGAUCUCGGAGCAGGGGGAGAUGAUUUCGGAAAGAUGUUCGACCAUUUGGGAAAACGGGAGAGUGCCCUGUUGCGGGACCCUUCUCCGCAGCGAGCUAAACAGUACUCUUCCUCUCCACCGACGCAAGCCCUGCCCGAGUUCCAAGCAACUGACAAUAGAGCCGGACGACCUACUCCCAUUAAUACAGACCGAUCGGUGGCCGUUGAACCCUCCCCUUACUCAUGGGGUAGCCGUCACUCUGGCGACAAUCUACUGAAUAGCCCCAGCGGUGAAAUCGUUACUUCACCAGCUCGUUCGACUGCCGAAACGGUAACCAGUUUCCGCAAGCCGUCACCAUCGCCUGCCCAUAUGCUCGGCGCGACAACUUCACACCGGGCUUUGGAGAAGCCCGGCCGGCGGCCGUCGGAUGGCUUGCGAAGGAGUGGGAUUUAUCCGGGGGACCGAGACUCGAACACUGUCGACGACGAAGAUGCCAAGAUGGUCCGACAAUCUGUUCUGUGGAGUAAGGGUUCCUCGCCUCGGUGGGAGGAGGCCACUUCUCCGUCUGGUGAGACACCUCUCCUCGAUAAGGGCAAGGCCACUAGUCCUUCACUUUUGAGCCCCACCGCGGACGAGGGCUUGUUUGCGCCACGCCGUUCACCUGCCCCGAGUGAUCACGAUCUGGACGAUGCCCGACUGGCUCCUCCCGAAAACCGCCUCCCCGCUGGCAACAAGGUCAUGACACCGUCCCAGUUCGAACACUACCGCCAGCAGCAAGAACUUCGACGAUCCAAGAGUGAUGCUACGAAGAGCGAUGAGGAAUCCGAGCACGAAGAGUUUGAUGACGAGGAAGACGAGGUUGAGAAGCAGCGGGAGGCAGAGAAGCAACGGCGGAAGCAAGAGGCUCACCUCUCCCUUUAUCGACAGCAGAUGCAGAAGGUGACGGGCCAGCAAGCUCCGUCUCCGUUGCUCCGUCCGGAAAUGGCAGGAGCCAGCAACAGCACUCCCAACCUUCCCAACCGCCUAUCCAACCCCAUUGACAAGUCUUCCAGCGGAAAGAGCAGCAACGAGGAGGAUGAUGAGGAGAUCCCGCUGGGUAUUCUAGCAGCCCAUGGCUUCCCCAACCGCAACCGUCCUCCGACUCGCUUGGCCAAUGUCAGCUCUCAUCCGAACCUUCGUGCGUCAAUGCACCCGUAUUCUACUUCAUCUACCUCCCUCGCCGGUGCCGAGGCUGGCAACAGGGGCAGUCUCCCGGUCUUUGCCAGGAAUCUGCCUCAGGAUCCCUACUUCGGUGCUCGCAUAGUCAACCCAACCAAUCGGGAAUCUCUGGCCUUUGGCGGUGGCUCUGGCUCGGUGUACGGUGGUGCAUCUUCCCCCGGCCCUCCCCCGGGUGGUCUCGUCGGUGUGAUUGCCACUGAAGAGCGUAAUAGGGCAGCUCGGCGUGCCGGAGGUGGCAGUCCCAACCACAUGGCAAUGUACGAUCAGCGGCAGAUGGCGAUGGGAAUGGGCAAUCCGGGUGGUGUCCCUCGACCUUUCUCGAUGAUGGGGCCGCAACCAAUGACCCCCAGUGAGCUGGCUCAGGUGAACCUUUCCAACCAGAUGCAGAAUAUGAUGCAAAUGCAGAUGCAGUGGAUGGGGCAGAUGAUGCAAAUGCAGGGUAUGCCGCCGGGUAUGCAGGGUAUGCCGCCGGGUACUCCUCCAAUGAUGGCCGGUGCGAUGCCACCUCAAAUGAUGGGAAUGCCCAUGCAGGGCGGUCCCAUGGGUCCUCCCUCCAUGGCGGGUUCGCCCUCAGUCAUGGGUCUCAAUCCCAACUUCAGGCCGAUGUCUAUGCAGGGCCCUCCUGGAGCUAUGGCACCGAACUUUGAACAACAGCGUACUCUCAGCAUGCUCGAUCCCAACAUUGCUGCACGACGAGGCUCGCCGAUGCCAAAUUUGCCCGGUGGCCCACCCUUCCGACCUAACACGGGAGGAUACGCUCCUUCCAUCGCACCCUCGGAACGCAGCAAUGCCGGACUUGCAUCCCGGUAUCGACCCGUGUCAGUGAUGGGAGGUGAACCCGGCCCCGGCGUCUCAGCCUUGAACAAGGGCUGGAACGACGAGAACCACCAUUCGUCCCUAUCCGUCUCCCAGUCCCACAUGGGCCUGCCCAAGUCCUCCUCGCUCGCAACCGUGACUGUACGACCGGUCUCGCGAGCCAGCCAGUCCCCAGCUGGACGCAAGCCCGUCCAUGCGUCCGACGAAGAUAAUGACGACGAGGGCUGGGCUGAUAUGAUGAAGAAACGAGACAAGAAGAAGAGCAGCUGGAAGUUGAAGCGAGGUACCUCCUCGCUGGGUGAUCUCCUAAGCGCUGUGCACUAA